AUGAUUGACACGCCAGGCUUUGACCGAGUACUCAGCAAGGUAGAUGUUUUGUCUGCCAGCCCCGGGAAGGUGGUGUGCGAGAUGCAGGUGGCAGAAGAGCACACGAACCGCGGAGGCACGCUGCACGGAGGACUGACCGCGACACUCGUAGAUGUCAUCUCCACAGUGGCCAUAAUGAACACGGAGAGAGGCGCCCCGGGGGUCAGCGUGGACAUGAACAUCACAUAUAUGAAUGCUGCAAAGAUUGGGGAGGACGUCCUAAUCACUGCUCAGGUUCUUAAACAAGGAAAAACGUUAGCCUUUGCUACAGUUGACUUGACAAGCAAAGCCACUGGAAAGCUCAUCGCUCAAGGAAGGCACACCAAGCACCUCGGGAGCAGCUAA